AUGGCGGACGGAAAGCAUUCAGCUUCCAUACCUUCGAAACAAGAUAUACUCGGCCAGUUUACGGCCGAGGAGCAGCUACCAACAUUGUGUGAAACAGAAGAAGGGGCUGAGUCAGAAUCUGCCGGGCCAUGUUAUAGUGUGUUAUCAGAGAGAGAAAAGCUCUUGACUGUCUCGAUCGCUUCUCUAGCAACUUUUUUGUCUCCGCUCUCGGCCAGCAUCUACUACCCGUCUAUUGAAGCAGUGGCGCGGGAUCUCCAUGUGUCAAAUAACACCAUUAAUCUUACUGUUACCUCCUUCAAGGUCUUUCAAGGAAUCGCACCGUUGGUAACAGGUAGCCUGUCAGAUCAGACAGGUCGACGCGCUACCCUCAUGAUCAGUUUGAUUCUGUAUGUGGGAAUAAAUGUCGGUCUGGCCGUCCAAACAAGCUUUCUUGCGCUCAUUGUACUUCGGUCUCUCCAGAGUAUUUUCAGCAGCACUGUGGCCAUUGUGGGCACUGCAACAACUGCUGAUGUGGUAUCUGGCGCGGAGCGCGGGAAAUAUAUGGCAUACACAGUGCUAGGAGCUACCGUUGGCCCGGCUCUUGGACCAGUAGUAGGAGGGAUCCUCUCUCACUACCUUGGCUGGCGGAGCUCCUUCUGGUUUUUGACGAUCUUUGCCGGAGUUUUGCUUCUGUUGGUCGUCAUACUGCUGCCUGAAACUUGCCGUGCUGUCGUAGGGAAUGGCAGCGUUGUCCCGCAGAAAUGGAACUAUCCAUUGAAGGACGUCCUAUUUCCAGGUCGCCGCUCGACACCUCCUCAAUACCAGACAAUAACCACCUUCAAGCAGCGUCCGACCCCUUGGAAUACCCUCAAACUGGUUUGGGACAAAGAGGCUGCAUGCACCAUCCUUUUCAGCGCCAUCAUAUAUGCGGGGUAUCUUUCCAUCACGACGACCCUUCCCUUUGAGCUGGGAAGGCACUAUGGUUUCAAUGCCCUGCAGAUCGGGUUAUGCUAUCUAUCAUACGGAAGCGGAAGCCUAACCUCGCGAUGGACAGCCGGAACCUUGAUGAACUGGAAUUUUCGACGUUUUGCGCAUCAUGUCGGAUUUGAUAUCCAUGACAAGAAAGAACUCAAACUUACGACCUUUCCCUUAGAGAAAGCCAGGCUUCAGGUCGCUCUCCCACUCGUAUACAUCGCUUCCGUGUUCAUUGUCGUGUAUGCCUGGGUUCUUAACUUUGAAGUCCAGGUGGCUGUGCCGCUUCUCAUGCUGUUCUUGGUGGCUCAUGCAUUAUCCGGGAUUACCAGUACCUUGACAACAUUGAUCAUCGACUGUCAUGCUGAACAGCCAGCUACCGCCACCGCUGCAAUGAACUUUUUCCGAUCCUUGUUUGGAGCAGGUGCGGCUGCUGCUGCCGUACCACUUAUCGAUCGAAUCAAUGUAGGUUGGACAGGGACACUGCUUGGCCUUCUCUGCGUCAGUUUGAGUCCAUUAGCAUGGAUGGUGUUUAUUUUUGGGCACAGUUGGCGGCUUCAAAAGGAAGGAAGGCUUUCUCAAUAG